GCUGUUUUUUAAUUUAAAAAAGUAAAAGUAAAACAUUAAAUAAAAGUUGUAAUAUGAACGUUUGUUUACCUAUAUGGGUAUUAAUAACGUAAAAUAGAAUUUAUGUAUGUUCUGAUCAGUGUAUCAGCAGCUAUUUUAUCCGUUAACUGUAUAAUAAUAUCUUAACGAAUCGAAAAUGGCAGAGUCCAAAAGUAGCGAGGGUGAUAAAAGGAAAGUAAAGUCAGAGGCAAACGACGAAUCAUUGCAUUCAAGUCGAGUAUUCACCGUUGAAGGAUUGCGGUCUGCGAACCUGAGCGACUCCAGCGUUGACGGCAGUUCAGAUGACGACGACGAUGUUCCGUCAGAGCCACCUCCUUCUAGAAAGCGAGCUCACAGUGACAGCUCCAGCCAUGAUGAUGCUGAGGCUUAUGGCACCGUGGCAAAGAAGUUUGUGCGGUAUGCCAAUGACAUGGAACCGAAUUUCGGAGAAAAUAAGGCUCAGAAGAUGAUGGCAAAGAUGGGUUACAAGUCAGGACAUGGUCUUGGUAAGCACGAGCAAGGUCGGGUGGCCCCCAUUGAAUUGUCGCUUCAGAGAGGGCGACGGGGUCUCGGGCUGCAUCUGCCUGGGCUCGAACCUGCCAACUUGGUUUGGAACUCGGAAAUGGAACAUAUAUCUCAUGAAGAGGAAGUUGCUUGGUUCACUCACGAUCCUUAUGAAGAUGUUACGUAUGAAGACAUGUGCAAGUGGCCUGUGAUAGGGCGUAAGAAACUUACUAUUGAUGAUGAAACAAAUUUUUGUGACCCAGGUGUCUUGAAAAAUGUGUUAAGUGAGAAGAAUGUGUUUGAUAAUUUGGAUGGCUACGAGCUUAGAAAAGCACGAUCAAGGUCCAAUCCUUUUGAGACAAUACGCGGUGGAAUGUUCCUGAACAGGGCUGCUAUGAAGAUGGCCAACAUGGACAGAGUGUUUGAUAACAUGUUCACCAAGCCGGUGGAUGAGUAUGGGCAAAGCCUGGUGGAACCGGGGGAACUAUUGUAUUUUGCGGAUGUGUGUGCGGGCCCGGGAGGCUUCUCGGAGUAUGUUUUAUGGAGGUGUGGCUGGGAGGCCAAGGGCUUUGGGUUCACGCUUAAAGGAGAAAAUGAUUUCAAACUGUCAGAUUUUUAUGCGGGCAAUUGUGAAACAUUUGAGCCUCACUAUGGUGUUGGUGGUGCAGAGGGUGAUGGGGACAUUUUUAAACCAGAUAACAUAGACGCAUUUACGAAACACGUUAUGUCUCAAACGGACGGACGAGGUGUCCACUUCAUGAUGGCCGAUGGAGGAUUUUCCGUAGAGGGCCAGGAGAACAUUCAGGAGAUCCUUUCGAAGGAGCUGUACUUAUGUCAGUUUAUAGUAGCUCUUUGCAUAGUGCGUGAGAAGGGCCACUUUGUUUGCAAAUUGUUUGAUCUAUUCACGCCCUUUAGUGUAGGUCUGGUUUAUCUCAUUAGCAAAGCAUUCCAAAGAAUUAGCAUCCACAAGCCCAACACCAGUAGGCCGGCCAAUUCGGAGCGCUACGUAAUCUGCCAGUGGAGGCGGCAUGACUUUCAACUUGAACCGGUCAGGGAAUAUCUUAGGUACAUUCAUGGAAAGCUACACGAGUGCCAGCAGCAGAAAGAUAAAGAUGUGGUGGAGAUUGUGCCCUUGUCACUGCUCACGGAGGAAGGCAAGUUCUUUGACUACAUGGUUACCUCCAACAACGUCCUUGGGGAGCGUCAGAUUGUGAACCUGGUGAAGAUAUCAUCGUUCUGCAGAGAUCCAAACCUGAUGGAACCCCUGCAGACGGACAUGAAACAGAAGUGUCUGCAGUACUGGGACGUGCCGGACAAAGCCCGCACCAUCCCGCCACGGAUUAGCCCGGAAACCAAGUUUACGGAGCUUCUGGGGUCUACCAAGACAAGCGAGAGUGUGUUGGGGAGUGGAGAGGAGGAGUUGACUCCAGGUAACCUGCUUGCAGUGCUGGGAUCAGGGUUCGAUUGGCACUGCAUGGUGCUGGGUACGCGUGACGAGGGUCGCCACCGCACCCUGUACCUAGGGAUGGGACGCGGCAAGGUGUUCCGACUGGAUGGGCCUCGCUGGCGUAAGGUGGAGGAGUCUAUAGAGCUCAGCCCCGACACGCUGCUAUACGCAGAGAUGGUUGCAGAACUUCUUGGGGAGGGCCGGUCUCAGCGCAAGGUAAUGUGCCUGCACAUCAUUGAUGCGCUCGUGCUAGGGGGCCGCCACAUCGGCCAGCAUCAUCUCACCGAGAGGCAUGCCCUCUGCCAAAAAUUCUGUCGUGCUCUCAACAAGCCUCUGCGGACUCCGGCCACCCAUGUGCGAACCAAGGAGCUGUUUGACCUGGAGGCGGCGGAGCAGAUGUUUGCUCGCCUCGAUGCUCGCAUUCUGAAGGGGUGCGGGCAAAUUUCCCGGAGGGUGUUCCUGGUGGACGAUGGCCAUCGCUGCUAUGUGCCCGGAGGUGUGCUGUUCUUGAAUGCGACGCGCCCACCUUGGUUGCGCUUCCUCAGCAAGUCAACAGGCUUCAAGUACUACAACAACCCAAUCACAAAAACCUCGUUGUUCGACCGGCAACGGCCAGAUGAUGCGUGUGCCAGCUUUGAGACAAGCGUGAAGCACAGGCGGGUGUGGUGGUGGGGGGCGGGGGUUCAUGUCCAUUCGGUGGAUGCCCAGGAGGAAGAUAAGGACAGGCUUCAGGGUCGACAGCUUCUGGACUUUGUGAACAGCAUGUAUCUGCAGCAGAGAGCAAAAUAGCUGUAUCUGACCCUUGUUUGUGACUCUUUUCUUUGGUUCCCUACCGUAGCAGUCUCUAAGCCAAUGGCUGUGCUUUUUCUUUUCCAGUUCACUGAACUGAUGGCAGUAUUUAUUCCUGAAGACUGUUUCUCUCUCUCUUUUGAAGCUGGAUGGUCGUACUUACUUAUCCUGACAGACAGCUUCUGUAUUCUGUUAGUUGACUCCGUGCUCAUUCAUUGUUGUCACUACUUUCCUUUUUGGAAAUGAUUUAGGUAAAUUUUAUUCAGUUUAUUUAUCAUGCAAGAAAAUUUACUUUUCAGUCUGAAAAUUUGUCAAUGAAUUGGUUUAUUUAGUACUUGCACUUUAUCUACUUUAGUCUGUGUUGAGUUUAUGAUGGAUGUAUUCUUUGUAUGUGAUGUUUAUAUUUUAUCCUAAAAAUUGCUUGGUCAAGAGUAGGCUAUUUUGAAUGCCUUAUUCUGAAUAUCAUGUUUGUGUUAAUAGUUCAUUUUAUUUUGGAACUAAGAUAUGCCGAAAUUAGAAUAGAAAAUGUUUUACGCUUUAGAAUGUUAACAAAUUUACAGUAAUUUUAAUUUAUUUUCUUUGGAUUCAUCAUAAUUUAUUACCAAAAAUGUUUUUGUCAGUUUAAAAGAAAGUUUAGAAAGCCUGCAGAUGUAAGCUGCUUCAUAAACUUGUCGAUGCAAGGAACAUUUUCUCCUGUUUCAUUAAAAUUUGUUGUGCAAGCACACGGUUGCUACCUGAGGUAUGAGCCAAGUAUGUGGAGUUAAGACAGAUGCUGAACCUAAAGCUACCUUCUUCUUUACUAUCAGCUAGUAAAACUUAAGUAAUAAAAUGAUUAAAUAAAAACAUAUAAUUACUUUAAUGUGGUAAUUUUGCUAACUCUUGUAAAUUUAAUUACACUAAACAGGAAACAUGAAAUAAUAAUUUUGAUUUCUAAGUAACUGUCGGCCGGGUCGGAGUUGCUUGGUUGUAACUUACUGCGAGUCCACAGCCAUGGUAUCGGCAUAUGCUAGUGGUUGUGCAGUAUCACCAACAUGCCGCGUGGAAAUGCCUUUUAAACAUACUAAUUCAAAACCCCAAUGUGUAAUAACUUCAGAUGUCUUUGUAUUGGCUUCAUACAGUCCUUAAAAAUUUCUUAACUAUUUUUAACUUUGCAGCUAAGGGAAAAUUGUUACUGUUGCCAAAGUUUUUGAAAUGAUAGAAGCACUUUUGGAGAUGGAUAUUGCUGUAUCUUUAAAGUCUUUCACAAAAAAGAAUAAUCUUGCAGAAACAUUGGGUGUAGUAUAGUGUAAUGUGAUCAGAAAGACAAUUAACACUAGUUAUGUGAAAGUCAGAAGUAAACUUAAUGAAUGCUAGAGGAAACAGAAAUUCAGAUAUUUUCUAUGUUCACUGCUGUUAUUGAUAUUGUAACACUCAACGUUUCUUGGAUGGGACUGUGUCUAUUGCUUAUUAAGUGGAGAACUAUUUUGACUUUUUGUAAUCUAGUAUUUUAUCUUUAGAACGACUGCAACCUGGUAUGGUAAUAUCAUGUUCUACUUCGACUACAGCAUGUGGUUAAAUUAGUUUAUAUUUGUUGCAAUGAUUUUUGAUCUUCAAAUUUUUUCAUCAAGUUCUUAAUUUUUUUUUGUUUCACAGGCAUAGAACCAUGUUUAACAUAUUGAUGGCCCCUUAGUAGUAGUGGAAAGUACCGAGGUGUAUCAAAGAAUGGUUGUUCAACUAUGCGGACAAUGUGUAUUAAUUAUUUUGAAACUUAUCUUUGAUCAGUUUGGUAUGUAAAGCAAUCUGUGAACACUGGUGAACUUUCUGAGGUUCUUUAUAACGCAGUGCCAUGUGUUUUAAAGUGAAUUCAGCGGGAAGUUAUCAUUCACCAAUAAAUUGGUUCAGCUGCAUCUUGGUUCUGAGUUCACAUUAUAAUACCCACAUGUUCUCCACAUAAUAUAUAAAUUAAGGGUUUUCGAGGAUGGCGUCAUAAAUAAGUCAAUUGGGGUGACUGAUAAUUGUAUGCAAAAAGUUUGUAACAUGUAUAGUGAAUUUUCUAAAGCAACUGAGAAAUUUUGAUAGGUGGUGUUGGUACUUCUGAUUCUGUAAGAUUUGCAAUAAGGCUGUUGCUAUUGAACAAAGUGUGUGUCUGGUAGCUAAUUAAAAGUACCUAAUUUAUGAGGCAUUAUGUAAUGAAUGAUUUGACCUUCUAACUUCUAUGUUCCUUGGUAACUGAUUUAAAUUUUAAAUAUAUUUAUCAGUUGGUUAUAAAUAUUUAGAGAUUUCUUAGCUAGAUGCUAUAAUAGCCAUUUAUUUUAAAAUAAUUUUAUUGAUGGCAUAAGUAAUUGACUACAAUGGAGUGGCUUUGAUAGCAUUUGUGGGGUGACUUUGAUAUAGUACCUAUACAUAAUAAAUAUUUUAUAGGUGCAGUCACAGUGAUGAAAAUGUAGAAGAAGCUGUACAAAACAUAGCAAAUGGACACUUGUCUAUCAAGAAAGCAGCCCAACAGUAUAAGAUACCAUAUGGCACACUGUACAACAGGUUCCAUGGUAAACAUAUUCACAAGCCGGGAGGACAAACUAUACUUUCAGAAGUGGAAGAAAUGUGUAUUGUGGGGGCUGUGCAGAAAUAUGGGGACUGGGGUUUUCCCUUAUCAACAAUGGAUGUCCAGAUGUUCACUAAAAGCUAUUUUCAUAAAAAAGGAAUCACCACAACCAAAUUUAAGAACAAUGUACCAGGUCUUGAUUGGAUACGAGGUUUCGUGAAACGUCACAGGAACCAACUUUCACAAAGGAUUUCACCAAACAUUACUCAGGCAAGAGCAAAUCUUUCUAGAGAAGCUGUGAAAGAUUACUUUGAAAAUUUGACAAACACUGUUGAAAAUGUACCUUCUACACACAUAUUCAAUUAUGAUGAAAGUAAUUUGACAGAUGAUCCUGGCAAGAAAUUAUUACUUUACCGCAGAGGUGUUAAGUAUCCUGAAAAAAUCAUGAACCAUAGCAAAUUAUCAACUACCAUAAUGAUUUGUGGUUCAGCAUAUGGAACACUUCUGCCACCAUAUGUUGUGUAUCGCAGUGAGCAUCUGUGAGAUACAUGGAUUCAAGGGGGACCAAAAGACAGUCCUUGCUGCUGUGAACCUUGUUGCAGUAAAGGAACCCAUUACAACAGAACAAAUCAUGGCUGGAUGGAAGCUCAGUGCUUUAGUGACUGGUUUCAUUCAGUCUUUCUCCCACAUGCUAGAAGACUCGAAGGCCGAAAAGUAUUGAUCGGGGACAAUUUGGCUUCUCACUUUACUGAUGAAGUUCUGUCAACAUGUGCUGAAGAGAAUGUGGCAUUUGUGUGUCUUCCGCCAAACUCAACACAUAUUUGUCAACCCCUGGAUGUCUCAUUUUUCCGACCCAUGAAGACUGCAUGGAGAUCUUAACUUAACAAGUUGGAAAAUUAGAAACCCAAGGCAGCAAGCUGAGAUCAAGACCAGUUUUCCCUUCUCUUUUAACAUCAACUUUUGAGAAAAUGGACACGGUGAAGGACUUCCAAAAUGGAGGAGGUGCAGUGCGAAGAAAUCUCAUCUCUGGAUUUGAAGCUACUGGUAUAGUACCAGUCAGUGCAGACAAAGUUCUAAACAGACUCCCAGAAAACAGUGAAGAUCCUGCAGAAGUUAAUGUUAUAAUAAAUGAUUCACUAACAGAAUUUCUAAGAGAACACAGGUAUGCACACGCAGACAAAGGUAUAUGCCGCAGAAGAAAGAAAGUUAAUGUUGGCCAGGAAAAAGUAUAUCCGGUCCUAGUGAAAUUACCAGUGAGAGUUACAACGAAGACAUGGUGGUAGAUAUGUGCAGUACAGAUGCCAGUGAUGUUGAUGAGCCAGAAGAAAGUCUGUGUUAUUCGACACCCACCCUUGAAGCAUUAACAGUUGGGAAGUUUGUGCUAGUGAAAGUAAUAUCUGGGAAAAGAAAAAGUGUUACUUUUCUAUAUGUUGCAGUAAUACAAGAAUGCACGGAAAAUUAUUACAGUGUAAUGGGUCUAAAAUCAAUUGAUAAAGACAAAAUCAGAUUUAAAUCUUUAGAAAAUGAUACAUUUGUUGUUCAUUUCAAUGAUAUAUUGGCAGUUUUACCAGACCCUGAAAUUGAUCAAAUUGGAGAUAGAGUCAAGUAUGUUUUUUAGAGCAAAGUAGAUGUUAAUGAAAACUAAACUUAUCAUACAGUGGAAAUAUUGACACUUUCCCAUUUUGUUUUGUUGUUAGUCAUGCCAUGAUUUUUGUUUAGUGUUUAGCUGAAAUGUAAAAUGUCUGUUUAGGUGUACCUAAUUUUUUACUUAUUUAAAUGCCACUACAUAUACUAUCAUUAGUCCAAUGUAAUGUUUGUAUGCACAGUAGAACCCUGUUAUAAUGUUCCUGCAUAUAAUGUUUUCCUGCUUAUAAUGUCAUAUUUUUAAAGUCCCAACAUUUCCCCCAUAAGGACAAUGUAUUUAUUUCCUGCAUAUAACGUUCAUAAAUAGUGUAAUUUCCUGCUUAUAAUGUUUGCUUUCUAACAUUCAAUAAAUGGGGAAAAAAUGUUUUAAAACCAAAUUACUUACGAUAAAAAGUUUCCUUUAUGUAUGUUUAUGUUUACAAUCACUGCCAUACAAUACAUGAAGUUUGUUAAAAUACAAUUUUAUGCAAUAUACUGAAGGUACACAAUGUUCAUAGUUACGUGUCAGUUGGCACCCUUAGUCAACUCUUCUCUUCCUUGCCAUUCCAGUGGGUAUUCAGAUGCACGUACAUAGUCCUACGAUAUUUAAGUUGCCAACCAUUGAGCGAGGGCAUAACUUAAGUGUUUUCUAUUGCUUACAAAUAAUUUUUUUUUUCAUUCAUACAUAGGAAUCCCAAAAUUAAACAUUUUCAGGUGGCGAAGGAGUAGACGUUCUCACUCUUAAUGUUGUCAUCAUGAAUUGUGAGACAAUUUUACAAAAAAUGUGGCAGUGUAUGUUUAAAGACAAACAAAAUUUAACCAGGGAACAAGACGAAGUUGAAAAAUUGUUGGCUUGUUUCAGAAAAUUCAUGUAUCAAGUAUACUAUUUUGGUUUUAACAUUAAAGUUGUUUACAUAGCUUGGUGAGUCCAUUGGUACAAAGCUCGAACAUUGUUAAGUGCUAAAUUGAGAUUUCCUGCUCAUAAUGUUUUCCUGCUUAUAAUGUUUUUUUCCUUGUGCUCCCUUGAAAAACAUUAUAACAGGGUUCUACUGCAAUUAGGUUAUUUGAACACUAAGGCAACAAGGGUCUUGUUUUUGUCUGUUAUUAAGCCAUAAAAAAUGACAAUGGGGUUGUUAGCGUUAAUUCAUUGGAACUGAAACUAUGUACCUGAAAGUACAUGUAUAUAACAUUUGCAAUACAAUUUUUUUGUAAAAACCAUUUGUGUCUAGAACUAGUUCUUCCAAGGUAUCAAAGUCACCCCAAGAACUAAAACACUGGACCUCUUUUAGUAUGAAAAAUGCUUGACAGAAUUAACUAUGCGGUGAGAUUGACACGUAUACUGUCAUUUCAUUAAUUCUGUGCAUUUUUGAAAGUGGUAUCAAAGUGACCCCAACAGCUGGGGUGAAGUUGAUAACCUAUAAUUAAUUUUUUUUGAGAAAAAUUGUAUUAUUUUUAAAAUUUAAACUACUGCAAUAUUUAAUUAAAAUUAGUUAGUUACUCUUAAAAAAAUUAUUUCAUAUAAAUUAUGCAGGGAAAAGAAAAAACCUAUCAAAGUCACCCCAGUUUACACUGAAACCUUGUGUACAGAGCUCUUUCUUGUGGAAGAAUGUGAACUCUUUUUUUUUAUAACUUGUCUUCUUGCAAACUUUUAUCGUGCGUACAACCGCCAAGUAUAAUGGCCAGUGUGAUAUAGAGAUAGUUUUAUUUUUCUCUCUCUUUGUUAUACAAAUCUAGUGUGAACGAGCAGAAAUAUUAUUUUUAGCAGCACAAGAAAAUAUAAUUUUCCACUUGUUCAUUAGUUCUAGAUUUAUUUUAGUACAUACAUGUGGUAAUUAAAUAAAUUUUAUAACAGACUUAAAAGACGCACCGAAAAUAAUCAGCACAUAAAAUUAUACCUUGAUUAUUAUCUACUAAAUUUCUUGCAUGUUAGCUUGAAUGAGAAUUAUUGUUCACUUUCUCUUCACCUUUCAUGUUAUUUCUGAGUUUGAGAGAGAAGCCUAUGUACAUUACUAAUUCAAGGCACAUUUAAUUAUUUUGUACUAGCUUAAAAGCAAACAACUUAUCUCAGCUACGACCAAAUUUUACUAUGUUGACAAUUUUUACAACCACCAGAGUAAUAUCAGUAUUAAUACAAAAAAACAGAUUAAGGCACAUUUUGGGUCCGCACCACCAUAAUGAAAAAUGUGAGGAUAAAAUCCAAGUGUUUUGUAUUAAUAUUUAAUUUAAUUACCAUACUCUUUAAUAUAAUGGUUACAGAAUAGAAAAUCACACUAAGCAAGGGUCUGUGGUAACUAAAGUAACACACGUACACCUCACAUUGCAUCAAAUUCAAGUGUCUAUUGAAAGUCAUAUCGAUGUUGGUGUUGCCGAGUGUUGUAGGGGCAGGAAUCGCCAUGGGCAUCAUACCGAACUGCGCGAGCAUGAAGUCAUUCAGCACCUUUUUAUCACUGUCGGGAUUAACAUUAUCACUGUUUUCUGUAUUGACUUCCAACGACACCUGUACAUGAUCCGUAGACGUUUGGACUGUCGCUGUAUGCCCGAUGGGCCAGCUAUGUAAUCGCUUUGCGCAGUUUUUUCAUUUCCUUUUCAACACUGCCAUAGCUCUCGCAUUCGCUCGAGACUGGAAUUGUGAGUCUUUUUGGAUUUCUUUUUAUGUGAACUUUCCUCUGACUUGUGUUUUCUAUGAUUCAGAGCAUGUUUAUGAGGAUUCAUAUGAGACAAAAUCUGUAAUUAUUUUGUAUUUAUCAAUUUAAUACUGAUUUUCUCUUAUAUUUCGGCAAAUAUUUUAAUUGUCUCACUUUGGAUCCUAGCAGAUCUCCACAAGCUCUUCACCCAAAUCAAUGUCCUAGCUGAACACAUUUCCAUGCUUCACCAAUUUAUAACUUUAUACAAAGCUAAUUCAUAAUAAUCACGCAUGCGUGUACACUGGUACAUUGGUGUCACAAACAAAACAAAUACUGUGUGACAAACACGUACAGACAUGAUCUACCCUUUGUGGCCUCAACCAUUGGUGUCACAUUAUUAAAUAGUCUCAUACUUAUUAGCGAUUAAAACCUGACUGUAUUUUGUCAUACAAGAAAGUUCUACUGACUAUCACUGUAACAAGCAAAUAAACGUUUUCACAUCAUAAUCUAGCCACAAGUUUUGUUAUAAAUUUUUUAUUUGGUAAUGAGAAAUAAAAAGAAUUUACUUCAAAUGCAUUUUCGUAUGUAGGUACUUUUAUAAGCAGAAAAUGGAAUCUUUCUUAUUUGAUUUAAGUUGUGUUAGGUUAUUACAGUGUGUGUAAUUUUUUCAUCUUUAAGAAUUCUGUCUUGGUAUGAAGGUUGUAUCAUAAGCAUAACCUUUAAUUUUUGAAAGAAUUUUAUUAUUGUAUAUUUUUUGUGAUUUUGUAUUGAUACUAUUUAAGUAUUAUGUUAUAGAUAACCAGUGUUGUUAAGUAACGAAUUACAAGUGAUCAGAUUACUUGUAACGAUUACUUUUCAAGUAAUUUAUACUUGUAACAAAUUACAUUUAAAAAAUGUAAUUUUGUACUUGUAAUCGGAAUACAUAACAUUAAUUGUAAUCGAUACAUUAAGGUAAUCGAUACUUUAUAUUUACUUGCUGUUACUUUUAUUUUUGGAACGUAUAAUCAACACAAUAAAGAACAAGAAGAUCAUAUACUUUUGUAUUAGUAAAGUUUAUAAUUUUACGCUUGUAGUGCUACGAUCGUAUGCACAACAUCUAUGAUCAAAAAUGAAGAGCCAAAGUGACUUGCAGUGUCUCCAACAUUACCCUAUCGUAAAAUAUGCAUUUUUAAAAUUUAACACAUCGCUGCCGUCAAGUGCUCCCGUUGAGCGUCUUUUUAGUAUUGGUAAAUAUGUUUUUGCCAUCAAGAGAGGGAAUCUAUCUGAUGAGAACUUUAAAAUGCAAUUGUUUUGUAAGGUCAAUUCUAAAAUUUAAAGAGUUACUUUUAUUACAGGUAGCUACUUGUAUGAAGUAUUUUGAUGUUAUUCAAGCAAGUUUGUCCUCAAAUAUUUAUUCAAUUAGGCCUAAAGAUAAUCAAUUUAAUCAUUAAAUGAAAUCAUUUUUUUUUUAACAAAACACAUAUGUAUGUAUGUUUAUUAAUGUAACAAAGUGAAAAAAAAUUGAAUCGUAGGUCAGUUUUAAAAUGGUAGCGGAAAGUAAUUGUAAAUGUAAUUGUAAUUUUACUGAUUACUUCUAUGUAAAGUAAUUUUUACUUGUAAUCAGUUACAUUAUCACCACAGUAAUUGUAAUUGAGCCCAAUUACUUUUUCCGAGUACUUUUAACAACACUGUAGAUAACUGUGUAAAUGUGAUUUUAUUAAUGUGGUCAAGUUUUAGUAAGCACCUAGCAUUUGGAACAAGUGUUAGAGACACAUAUAAAUUAAUAUAAUGUAUAUGAUGGCUUGGUAGGCCCGGAGAAUGAUUUUUAUCCCUAGCUACCACUAUAGGGAGAUGAGAAAUAGUGUGAUUGGGUAAACUAGGCAAGAUGAUACUGCAAUGGUUCUGUGUUGCCUUCUGUAGUGUUACUGGUGAAUGGGCAACACAGUACCUAGUUCUGGACCUGGAUCAACAUGUUGUGAAAUAUAAUAUAAAAAUAUAACAAAACAAAAAGUACAUGCCUAUACGUAACAUGCAACAAAAAAAAAUACUAUUCAACUUCUCAGAUAAGUCAAGGCACAUACUGUCAAAUAUAUAGAAUAGUUUUGAGAAAAGAAGCCUCAAAGCCUCCGAAGAGAGUAACCGUUUUGAUAAGUUGUUUACGAAAACUUGAUACAAGGCAGCAGGUACAUAUAUAUCCCUUUGGAUAUCCCUAUAUUAACAUCCAACAUAUCAUAGUAUCUAAUAUUUUGUCACUUACACACACCUUUACUUUUAACCGCUUUAAAUCAGAAAUUCUCUACAACUUCCACUUGUAAAAAGGAGAAUACUAAUAUAUGUUUAUAUUCAUCCAUGGAAUAAAAAAAGUUCGGAUUAUUUAAAAAUGUUUUUUUUUUUUUUUCCUUAAGAUUUAAUGCACAUUCCUGGCAAAUGCAGAAGUGGGGUUUUCAAAUAAAGGUAUUGGUAAGAGUUUUGCGGAGAGUCUUAGACAACGGGACCUCGAAGAGUAAAGUGGGUCUGAACAUUAUGGGUGUCAACAUGGUCCUCGUAAACUGAAGUCAUGCCGGGGGUGUUGCAUCGACCCAUGACUCUUGCCUUGAGCGUGAUGUAGCAUCGCUUAUUUCACCCAGUUGUCUUGUAGCUGGCUUGAAAAGUAGGAAAGCCCUUUUUUAUCAGAGUUAUUUAAAUUUUUAGUGUACCUAACUUGGAUUUUGCAUGUUGUGCUGUGUUGGUUUUUGCUAUUUUUGUGGUAUUUUGGCACUUACUGUUAGUACAUUGUUUGAAUUAAUGAUGGCUAAUAUUUUUUUUUUAUACAAACUAGACACCAAUCACUUAAUAAAUGGAUAUUUAUGUUUGA